CUGCCGCACACGCCUCGUGCACACGUCUCACCCGCCAGCUGCUUCUCUCUUCUCCUCACCUUCGGCCGUCUUCCACUCGCCGCACGCGCGCACCUCUGCUCGCGCACGCGCAGCCAUGUUCCGUCGCAAGCGCGCCACGGACGCCGGCGCCGGUGCCGCAGGGCCCGGCGCGGCAGGCAGCGACUCGGCCUCAGCAAAGGAGAGCAGCCGGCCGUACACGCAGCGGAAACCGGCCAACACGGCCUGGCGGCAGCAGCGCCUGAAGGCCUGGCAGCCCGUCUUGACGCCGCGGACAGUGCUGCCGACGUUCUUCCUCGUCGGCCUGCUCUUCGCGCCGAUCGGUGCGGUGCUGUACUACUACGCGACCAAGGUCAGCGAGUUCACCAUCGACUACACGGACUGCCGCAACGCCGGCUCCGAGUACGUGGCGGUGCCGUCGGGCAAGUACGACUACCAGCUGCCCGGCUCGACGCCGUCGAACUUCCAGGCGCCGCAGUGGCGCUGGGUCGCGUCCAACACGGCGCCGAACGGCUUCGUGUGCGACGUGCAGUUCUCCGUGCCGCAGAACCUCGAGCCGUCCGUGUUCCUCUACUACAAGCUCACCAACUACUACCAAAACCACCGCCGCUACGUCAAGAGCAUCGACACGGACCAGCUGCUCGGCAAGGAGCGCACCGUCAAGGACCUCGGCGACGGCCAGUGCAAGCCGCUGGGCCGCGAGGGCGACCGCGGCAUCUGGCCGUGCGGCCUGAUCGCCAACAGCAUGUUCAAUGACACGUACUCGCUGCCCGUGCUGGUCGAUGGUGGUGCCUCGAACCAGACGUACCAGAUGACCGACAAGGGCAUCGUGUGGCCGGGCGAGAAGAACAAGUACGCCGCCACGCCGACGCCGCCCGACCAGCUCGUGCCGCCGCCGUUCUGGCGCGGCAGCUUCACGAACGCGCCCGGCGCCUACAACUACCCCAACGGCUACACGGCGGACAACAUCUUCAACCCGUCCGAGGAUGAGCACUUUAUGGUCUGGAUGCGCACGGCGGGCCUGCCCACGUUCCGCAAGCUGUACUACCGCAACGACAACGACGUGAUGCUUGCCGGCCGCUACAUCAUCACCAUCACCGACAACUACCCGGUGGCCAUGUUCAGCGGCACCAAGUCGAUUGUGUUCAGCACGGCGACGUGGGUCGGCGGCCGCUCGCUCUUCCUCGGCUCGGCGUACAUUGCCGUCGCGGCGCUGUGCGUGCUGCUCGGCCUUAUCUUCACCGCGCGGCACCUCAUCCGGCCACGCAAGCUCGGCGACCUGAGCCUGCUGAGCUGGAACGAGUGAGGCGUGCGAGCGUCGCCGAGGCAUUGCGCUGGAUCUGCAAUGCCUCGACCUCUGCGUGUGCAUGCUCCACCCGACACUGCGUCUUGGUCUCCUUCAUACCGUGCCUCGUUCGUCUCCGUCUCUAUCCUCUCCACGCCCCCUCCCAUUAACGAUCGCUGCUGCCUACUCCACACCCUGCCGCUCGCGCACACCCUGUCUUUAGCGCUCGCCUCACUGAAACGAUCCGACGACGCCACAGGAGCGGGGUUGUCAGAGUGAUGAGAAGAGU